AUGUGUAUGAAGGGUGCUCAUGUGAUGAUCGGAUGUUUCGGGCACAAGAGACAGAUAGAGAUAGAUAUACAUAGAGAGAUAAAAGGAGGAUUAUCAUCAACUACUUUGACAUCAUCAUCAUUCUCUUUAUCUUCUUCUUCUUCUUCAACUUCAUCAUUUAGAGUACCACCAUUAUCAACAUCAUCAUAUUCAUUCUAUUCAACAUUAAAUAAUAAUGGUAAAUACUAUUCAUUGUCACAGUUUCCAUACCCAUCGGGAAACUUGCAUAUGGGUCAUGUUAGAGUUUACACAAUGAGUGAUUGCGUAGCAAGACUCAAACGUAUGCAAGGGUAUGAUGUAGUUCAUCCAAUGGGUUGGGAUGCCUUUGGUUUGCCUGCAGAGAAUGCUGCUAUUGAAAAGAACGUGUCUCCCUCUAAAUGGACCAAUUCAAACAUUGACGAAAUGCGUAGACAGUUUAAACUACUCGAUCUCGAGUUUGAUUGGAACCGAGAACUUUCAACAUGCGAUCCAUCCUACUAUCGAUGGACACAAGAGAUAUUCCUAAGGUUGUAUAGAGCUGGCUUGGCAACUCGAAAGAUCGCUAUUGUCAAUUGGGAUCCCGUCGACAAUACUGUACUUGCCAACGAGCAGGUAGAUGCUACUGGACGGUCGUGGAGAUCAAAUGCAAUUGUCGAGAGACGUGAAAUGAAGCAAUGGUACUUUCACAUUACAAAAUAUGCUGAUCGAUUGGCCGACGACCUCCAAAAGCUUGAUGGGUGGCCCGACGAAGUCAAGAAUAUGCAAAGAGAGUGGAUUGGUCGGUCACAUGGCUACCUAUUGGAUUUCAAGUACAACCAGACGAAUGGUGACGCAGCGACACUGACUGCAUUCACAACUAGACCAGAGACUAUAUACGGUGUCACGUUUCUCUCGGUGCACGGUAAACAUCCCGUCAUGGAGUUGGUUCGCAAACAAAUGUCUCGCGAGGAAUUGGUCAAGUUGGACGACUUUAUUCAACGUUGCUCGACACUUAAAGACGAAGAUCCAAUCAUUGCAUUUGAUACAAAGACAACUGUAACUUCACCGUAUGGAUCGACUGUACGACUAGUUGUUUCAUCGGCCGUACACGCCGACUAUGGCACAGGAUGUGUUAUGGGUGUUCCAGCACACAAUACAGUAGACCACCAAGUUGCUACUGAACUCGGUCUUCCACAUCUAUAUGUAUUACCCAGACCUGCAGGCAUUGAAGAAUCAGUCGUCUGUUAUGAUCAAUUGGACCAAUCCUCUCUUCUCCAGAAUAGUGGUCAAUUUAAUGGAAUGCGAGUUGAUAAAGCCAUCGAAUCAAUGGUUGACAGCAACCAAAUUAAAAAACAUACAUCCUAUCGUAUUCGUGAUUGGUUACUCUCACGUCAAAGAUAUUGGGGUACUCCCAUCCCAAUCAUUCACUGCAACAGUUGUGGUGAAGUUCCAGUUCCAUCCGAUCAACUACCAGUCGUCCUUCCAACCGACAUUAGCUUUACUGGUAAAGGUUCUCUAUUGAAUAGUUUGGACGAUUGGAAGAACUGUAAAUGUCCCAAAUGUGGUGGAAAUGCUCAAAGAGAAACAGAUACAAUGGAUACUUUUGUUGAUUCAUCUUGGUAUUAUUUUAGAUUUUUAGAUAGUCAUAAUCAAAAAGAAAUAUUUAAAAAAGAAAUUGCAAAUCGAUUAAUGCCAGUUGAUAUUUAUGUUGGAGGUAUUGAACAUGCUAUUCUUCAUUUAUUAUAUUCAAGAUUUAUCACUAAAUUCCUCAAGGAUGAUGGAUUGAUUGAUCAUGAAGAACCAUUUAAAGUAUUAUUGAUUCAAGGAUUGGUAAAAGCAAAAACCUAUCGUGAUGCUAUUACCAACAAACCAUUACAUCCAUCAAGUGUCAAUUUUGAUAAAUCACAACCAAUCAAUGCUUCAAAUGGUAAUCCAGUCAAUAUUACAAUUGAAAAAAUGUCAAAAUCAAAAUUAAAUGGAAUGGAACCAUCUGAAAUGAUAUCACAAUAUGGAUCAGAUAUAUUAAAACUUUAUAUAUUAUUUAAAGCACCACCAGAGAAAUCAUUGGAAUGGGAUACUGAAGGUAUAGAAGGAUGUCGUAAAUGGUUAAAGAGAGUAGAGACUUUGGUUAAAUCAUUUGUCGAUGAAUAUAGUGCCAACAAACAAUCAUUUAUUGGUGAAUUUGGAAAGGUUGAAGGUGUCAAGCCACUGAGAUACGAGACUCAUUCAACUAUUGACAAUGUUACACAAUCGAUUGAAAAGUAUACUUUUAAUACUGGUAUUGCCUUUUUGAUGACACUUUCAAAUACAUUGGCCAAGGUUGAACCAUCACAAAGAAACAGUCUUGAAUUUUAUGAAUCUGUUCGUACGCUGGUCAUCCUAUUGGCUACGUUUGCACCAAAUACCGCUCAAGAUUAUUGGAAGAUGUUGUGUGAACAUGGUCCAUCGUACACUAGUCAUGCAAGUGGUGAUUCUGCCAUUUUCGAGGUUCGUCGUCAAGGUUGGCCACAACCAUCACGUGAAUGUCUCGAACAACGUGUCAAGCAAUUGGUGAUUAUGACCAAUGGAAAGACACGUGCCGUCGUUGAUGUUUCGACAGAUGACCAAACUGAAUUGGAACAAAUUGCCAAGAAACAUCUUGGUAGUCGUUUGGAUGGUCAAACCAUCAUGAAAACCUUCUUUGCUACAACAAAAACUAAUAAUUUUACAAUUAAUUUGUUAUUAACUUUUAAUAUUUUGGAUAGAUAUGAUAAAGGAAUAAAAACAUCAGUAUAUACUUCUGAAGCUGUAGUUUGCAUUGUCAAGGUUGGAGGUGAAUCAACACAGAGCGUAACCAGUUUACCAAUUCUUACAAAAUGGAUUUGGUUUACUAAUCUUUGUUCACAUAAGACAAAGAAUCAGUCUUGUUGUUUUCAAGAAGAGAGGGGGUGGAGACAAGAAUGA